GCCUCAGAAAGGCAAAACUUCCAUUCUAGUAUGAGUACAAUUCAUGGUUGUAACUUGUGACUGUGAGCUUCAUAGUGUAAGGACGCUAAUGCCUAAGGUUUAUUUUACAAAAUGGUUCAUGAGUAUGAAUGUAUGAUCUACUCGUACUUUGUAUGUCCACGCGUCAUAUAGAGCGUUAUAAUAUAAUACGAGUAUAAUAUGACUGUACAAGUAUAAUACGACUGUACGAGUAGUCGCACCAAUAAGGGAAGAAUGCACAAUAUUGCAUACAUUAUGAACAACAUUUCAAUUUACAACUCUCAAAUGACAUCCUCCAAACUCCUGAAAACCCUUCUCAAAAACCCAUCCUCCAUUUCUUCAAAAUCCCAAAUCAAACAACUUCAUGCCCAGAUCAUCAAACUCAAAGGAUUCAACUCAUAUUAUCUUUCCACUCUUCUUUCUAUCUACUCUAACCUCAAUUUUUUACCUGAAUCCAUCAAUCUCUUUCAUACCCUUCAAUCUCCCCCUCUUCUUGCUUGGAAAUCUAUCAUUAGAUGUUACACUUCCCUUGGGUUUUUCAUUGAAUCUUUGAAUUGUUUUAAUCAUAUGAGAGUUUCUGGGUUACACCCAGAUCAUAAUGUUUUUCCUUCUGUUGUAAAAUCAUGCACUUUUUUGAAAAGUUUGAAGCUUGCUGAAUCUGUUCAUGCUUGUAUUAUACGUGUUGGUCUUGAUAUCGAUAUUUACACUGGUAAUGCAUUAAUGAAUAUGUAUUCAAAAUUGGAGACUUCGAGUGGGAAAUUUGAGGACAACGGUAAAGCCCGCCAUAUGUUCGAUGAAAUGCCUCAAAGAAAAUUGAAUUAUAGAAGUUGUGAUGAUUUGUCUAGCACUAAAGUUGAGGAUAAUAUGGUUGAUGGGUUUGAUAAAAUGGUUGUGGAUUUUCAUCCAAAGUUCGACUUGGAUGUAAUGGGUAGUAAUGGUAAAGGCAGGGGACCGGGUUUUCGAAAGAGUGGCUUGCAGAAAGUAUUUGAUGUCAUGCCAGUUAGGGAUCUUGUUUCUUGGAAUACAGUUAUUGCAGGAAAUGCACAAGAUGGGAUGUUUGAAGAUGCUUUAGCUAUGUUAAGGGACAUGGGAAAGGCGAACCUUAAGCCGGAUACUUUUAGUUUGUCAAGUGCUCUUCCAAUGUUUGCAGAACUUGUGGAUGUUGUUAGAGGGAAGGAGAUUCAUGGUUAUGCUAUUAGAUAUGGAAUUGAUGUCGACUUGCACGUUGGAAGUGGAUUGAUUGACAUGUAUGCUAAGUGCAAUCAUAUAGAGAAUGCAUACAGGGUGUUUAUUCUUUUACCUUCUCGUGAUAGCAUUACUUGGAACUCUAUUAUUGCUGGAUGUGUUCAAAAUGGACGAUUUGACGAGGGUCUAAAAUUGUUUAGGAAAAUGGUAAUGGCGAAAGUUAAGCCUGGGAGUGUUUCAUUUUCGAGCAUCAUUCCUGCUUGUGCUCAUCUAACAACUUUACGCUUGGGUAAGCAGUUGCAUGGUUACAUUAUGAGGUGUGGAUUCGAGGAAAAUGUGCUUAUUUCUAGUUCGUUAAUUGACAUGUAUGCAAAAUGCGGGUACAUCAAGCUUGCUAGGUGUAUAUUCGAUAAGAUGAAGCUUCAUGACACCGUGUCAUGGACAGCCAUGAUCAUGGGAUAUGCUUUACAUGGGCAUGCUCACAAUGCCAUUUCCUUAUUCAAGCAAAUGGAAGUCGAUGGAAUGAAACCCAACUCUGUUGCUUUUGUAGCUCUUUUAACAGCCUGUAGUCAUGCUGGAUUAGUAGAUGAAGCCUGGAAUUACUUUAACAGCAUGAUUCAUGAUUAUGGACUAUCCCCACAGUUGGAGCACUAUGCUGCUGUAGCAGACUUUCUUGGUCGAGCUGGAAGGUUAAAAGAAGCUUAUGAUUUUAUUUGUAAGAUGUCUUCUCCAAGCAGUAGUAUUUGGUCCACAUUGCUGUCUGCUUGUCGAAUGCAUAAAAAUGUCGAUAUGGCUGAAAAAGUUGCGAGAGAAAUAUUCAGAGUUGAUCCUAGUAACAUAGGGGCUCAUGUCCUCUUAUCAAACACGUAUUCUGCUGCUAAGAGAUGGAAAGAUGCUGCGAAUGUGAGAAUAACUAUGAGGAAUAAAGGGCUGUUGAAAGCAGCAGCUUGCAGCUGGAUCGAAGUGAAGAACAAAUUACAUGCUUUCGUGGCAGGAGAUAAAUCUCAUCCAUGUUAUGAAAAGAUAAAGGAGGCUCUAGCAAAGUUACUAGAGAAGAUGGAGGGAGAAGGAUAUGUUCCUGAUACAGGCGAAGUGCUCCAUGAUAUUGAUGAGGAGCAAAAGAAGAGUCUACUUUAUAAUCACAGUGAGAGAUUAGCAAUAGCAUAUGGCAUCAUAAGUACUCCGGAGGGAGCAACAAUUUGCAUAACCAAGAAUAUACGAGUGUGUAGUGACUGCCAUACAGCAAUAAAAUUCAUAUCUAAGAUUGUUAAAAGAGAAGUAAUCGUUAGAGAUAAUAGCCGGUUUCACCAUUUCAAAGAUGGCAUCUGUUCAUGUGGAGAUUAUUGGUAGCGAGAAUGAACUUGCAGAUUUGAAACAUAGCAGAAAGCCUCUAAAUGUAAGAUGGCCAAACACUUAGCAAACAAGAUUCUGCAGAGUUCAUAUUAUUUGGUUGCAAAUUGACAGUAACUUGCUAUCAUAUACGGAGUAUCCAACAUAGAGCUGCUUAUUUCUGGCUGCUACCACAAUUUUCUCCACUUCAGACCUGGGGUUCUAGCAAAUUUUUUGGGUCUUGAAUUACUGCCCAAGCUUGGUUAAAUUGAGCAAAAUUACUUUAAAAUGCAUUUUGGGAUGAAGAAGUCUGCCUGAAAGUUGGCUCAGCAACUGGGAUGCAAAAUUCAGCCUAAAACCAGAAAACCAGGCCGGGCCAGUUUGACCUGCUCAAUAACAGACUCAGAUGAAGUAGAGACUUCAGAAUCACGCGGAAGUGAAAAUGUUGCAGUUGUUGUAGAAGUAUCUAUUUUGCUUGAUUGUUUGUAUGGUCUUUGCAGUUAUUGUAGAUUGUAAGCUUUUGUAUAUUACCAAUUUGCUUGACAUUAUAGUCAUACUCUUACCAUUUUUCUUGUAUAUAAUCACAUUAAGUGGCAGCGUUGAUUGUUGGAUUGUCCAUUAUUCAUAUGUGAUCUCAGCUACUUGAGCUUGAACAGAUUUUGUAAUCUGCAUGUACUAGAAAGAAAAUCAAAGAAAGAGA